UGCUGAUCACCAUGAAGUGUAAUCCCUGUGCUAUGUCUGUGCAAGCAAUUCCUGCCACCCUCCCACUGCUGCCUAUUCUUCUUGACCUCAGAUUUCAUAGCCUCAUUUCAGCAGCUUAGUUAUGAGACUGAAAAGAGAAGCCAAAAUGAAGAACAUCCUCCUGAAUGCAGCCAACCACACACUGUAGACAAACCCAGAAACACAGGCUGAAGGCCAUUUCUGAUGGUGACCUGAACUAGAAUGAAGUGGACAUGAACAAAAAGGAAGACCUUACUCAGCAGAUCCCUUCUUCUGGAAAUUCAGAAAUUGGAGAGAGUACAGAUUAUUCCUUUGUGGAAAAGGUUUCAAUCUUCACAAUUAUAAGGAUUGCCUGUAUUCUGUGUUUCAGGAACACAUCUGAAAGUGACAGUGAUGAAGUUGAUGGCAACAAUAUAUGUGGUUUCAGAAAGAAAAAGGGAAUCAAAGGUCCUACAAAGUAUGUUCCUCCUUUAGAAAAUGAGAAGAUGGAGCUGUCUCGCACCUCAAAAAUCCCAGAUCCUUGUCCCCUUAAAGGAACCACUGGUUGCUCAGAACCACCAUCAGACCAGUCUCUCCAAAACCCCACUACCUUUCCUCCAGUGCAAAAGGACAGAGGGAGUGAUGACAGUUCCAAUUCUGGCAGUGCUAUGAAAGAAGACACAUCUGGAGAAACACAAGAAACCCAAGAAAAUGCUGACACUGGGAAAAAAAUAGUGGGAAAAAUGCAGGAGGAAAUAGAUAGAGCAGCUCAAAUGAAGCAGCCCACGGGCAUACAGCCUGCAAGGAGUGCGGGGAAAGGUGGCUGCACAGAGGCAGUGCAGAGGGAAAAGGGCAGUGAGCAGGUGGGGGCUAAGCCAGAAGAACAGGGUGGUAUGGAAGAAAAAAUUUUAAAGUUUCAUGUGACAAAGAUGGGCUCCCUGGGUGGUGCUGUAUCCACACAAGGGAACAGUAUUGCUGAGUCCUUCACAGGGGCACCUGGCAUUUCUAAACAAAGUCUACAAGAAUUGAAAAACCUACUGAGUGAAGGUCCUCUGCCUUCUCAUGGACCUUAUUUCUGUGGCAAGGCAGGUGGCACUUUUGCUCAGAAAAAUUUGAAACCCUGGGAGAAAGCAGUUGACAAGCAGGGCCAACCCUUUGAGACUUUUAGUCCCCAUUUUGGAGAGGACAAGCAAAAGUAUUACAGCUUCCACAAGCAGGGAGUGGGGCAGCAGAGCAAAAGUCUCCUGAUCCUCAGCUCUGCCGGCUCUGAUCAGCAGCAACCAGUGGGAAGCAACGUGGAUCAACUUAUUCUGGGACUACCGGCAGCUUCUACACCUGCAGAAAACUCAACACCUGAGAUUCAGUUUGACUCCUCCACAGGCAAUGCUGCAUUCAACAGAGACCCUGAUGUAAACGGCCUCGGAAGUUCAACUCUCCUUCACCUGUUCUCUCAUAUUGAAUUUAUUAAGCAGCAGAUGGCCAGGGACAACGUGCAGUUUGUCAGAUUUGAAUCAAUAGACCUCCACGGUGUGUCAAGAUCAAAGAAUGUUCCUUCUCGAUUUUUUCAUGAAAAAGCAAUUCAUGGUGUUGCCAUGCCCAGAAGUUAUCUUGAGCUGACGCUGAAUCCUAAAGAUAAUGAAUUAGAUUACAUAAAUGCAACCAAUUUUAACUGUGACAUAAUUCUGAAUCCUGAUUUAUCAACGUUUCGAAUACUACCCUGGACUGAGCAGACUGCAAGAGUGAUAUGUGAUUCCUUCACUGUGCUGGGCAACCCGCUAAUGACCUCACCGAGGCACAUUGCCAAGAAACAGCUGAGCCAGCUUCAGGACAAUGGUUUUUCUCUGCAGUCUGCAUUCACUUAUGAAUUUUGUAUUUAUGGCAUUACUGAGGUUGUAAAUUCAAAGACAAUAUCCUUUCCUGCAGCUACAAUACUAAAUAACCAUGACCAGACUUUCAUUCAGGAGCUCAUUGAAGGAAUGUAUUAUGCUGGUGCCAACAUUGAAAGCUUUUCUUCUUCCAGUGGGCCUGGGCAAAUGGAGAUCACUUUUCAUCCAGCGUUUGGCAUAGAUGCUGCUGACAGUGCCUUCACAUUUAGAACAGGCAUUAAAGAGGUGGCUAAGAAGUAUAACUAUGUAGCUAGCUUUUUCUCAGAAUCAGGAUUCUACAAUUCAGGGGCUCUGUCACAUAGCCUAUGGGAUUUGAACGGCCAGAAGAAUUUGUUUUCUGCUGGUUAUGGAGUUGAGGAGCUAACAGAGCUUGGAAAAAAUUGGUUAUCAGGUCUCUUGGCACACACAGCAGCUAUCAGCUGCUUGAUGGCUCCUACCACCAGUUGCCGUAAGCCUUAUUCCAAGUACAGUAAAGAAUCAAAAGAGACUGUAAAUGCAAAAUGGGCAUAUAAUGAUAACAGUUGUGCCUUUAAUGUCAAAUGUCAUGGUGGAAAAGGCACUCACAUAGAGAAUAAAUUAAGUUCUGCUGCAGCAAACCCGUACCUGGUCCUUGCUGCUACUAUUGCUGCGGGUCUAGAUGGAGUAAAGAGGGGACUUAGGUAUGAUGAUAUGCUCGAAGAAGAAAAUCACACUGGUGAUCUGAAACAUUCCUCAGUCCCUCUGAAACUAGAAGAUGCUCUUGUUGCACUCGAGAAAGAUUCCUGCAUUAAGGAAGCAUUAGGUGAAACUUUUAUCCGAUACUUUGUUGCCAUGAAACAUUAUGAGUUAGAAACUGAAGAAAUGGAUAGUGAAAGGAAUAAAUGCCUGGGGUAUUUUAUUUAGAAGGAGCAUUCUUUUGUAGUGGUGCUGUGUAAAUGCAUACAGUGAAUGGCUAAGAUUCCUGAAAUUAGUAAAUAUAUUUAAAAAUGGGGGGGUUAAUGAUUUGGUAUUUUUUUCCCCCUCCUUUGUAUAUUACAUGGUGAUUACACUUUAUUGUCCUUGUACAUUCAUGGCAGUGCAAAGCUGAUAUAUUAAUGAAAUAAUAUAUCAGGCUUUUAAAAAACAGGUGGUUUUUUCGAACAGACCUGCUGUUGGAAAAAAGAAAAGAGAAGGUGAAAUGGAGAAUAGCAACUAUCCAACUGUAACACUCCAUAAUGUGCAGAAAAGGAGAAGUAACGGAGAUAGCGAAGGAAGUGAGGUUUAUAACUGAGGAAGGAGGGGAAUUUCUCGUUCAGCAUGGUUGUGGGAUUUAUCCCAGCUUGUUCAGUAGCUGAUAGGUUGUUAAAUCAGAAGAAUAUGAGUUUCAUUUAAAACAUAGGCUAGAACAAUGAACAUAGUAGAGAGAAGGGCAAAGAACUGAAACUGCAGAACCUGAGAGCCAGUAAUCAGUAUCUUAGUGGGCAUAAAUAAAAAAGGCACGAAGGAUUAUAAAAUAAUCUAUACAUCAUGAAUUCUGCUGCUGAAUGAAAUUCACAAGAAUUAUAGUUAAUAAAGAUACCAAAAGAAAUCAAGUGGUGACUUGGAGAGGGAAUAAUUCAUGGAAAGGCAGCAGUGUCACGCCACUGUGCAAUAAAAAAUGAGCUGGUAUUUUGUUUGUUUUGAUAGUUAAUGAGUUAAUUCAGAGUUGAAUGGCAAAUGAGGAAAAAAAGGGCAGAGAAAGUAGAGAAUUUAGAGCUUAAACUGUGCUUUAUUGGAAAACUUGAUUUUAUCAGGCAUAAAGAAGAUGACUGUGAAGAAUGGAACAGAAAAAGGUUAAAACCAGAAAGAAAGAGAGAAGAUGCAUAUUCAGAGACUGACAAACUGCGGUUAAAACAGAGGAAGAGAAGACCCACCCUAAAAUUAGAAAUGACAGCUGGUGUAGAGAAAAAUAAUUUAUUUGGAAUGGCAAGAGGUGGGAUUUAAAUUUCAUCUUUGUUUUUGUUACUGCUGCUGUUGUCUUCCUUUAUUAUUAAAGAUAAACCUUGUUUCAUACCCCACUUCCACAUUAACAGUGAUUUCUGAUGUUCUUUAUCUUGUCACAGUAUUUUGAUCUAUGUGUAGGAAUUUGUGAGUAAAAAGGUUUGGUCAUCAAUGGAAUGAAAAAAAGAUUCAGUCAAUGCCUCUGUCAAUUUGCAGAACUAGGAAAGUCUGAACAGAAAUGUGCUAGUUGCCUACUGAUGGAUCUUCCACUUUUCCCCUACAUAGUAUUGUACUUGAAAUGUAGCACGGGGUAUGCUAAAGCUUUUUGUGAGAUUCCAAAGAACUCAUUUUAUACUCAGGUAGCAAGAGGAAAUAAAGAAUUUAAGGAAACACGAUGAAUAAA